ACCAUUAAAUUUUCGUAUCGUUAACUUGCUUAACCAUAGUUAACCCCAGUUAACUAUGGCUUGACGUACAAAUGGUAGAAUAUCGGCGUCAUCUAUUCUUGGGGUUUUAGUUUCUGAGUAGUAGGUUGAGUCUACAUGCCAGAGGCAGUUGAUAAAGGCCUUAGUGGUUGCUGUGUAGGCUGGAAUAGGAUGAGAAAUUAAGAAUUACGACCAGUAACUUUGGUAGCUUUCAUCACUGCCCUGACAAAAUACUUCUAAUGUUUGGGUUCCCUGUGUUCUCGCUUAUGGGUUUCCUGUGUUAUGAAACGUGCAUUUGUGUCAAAAACAUGGUGGAAUUKGAGUGAGCUUCGGUUUUUCUUGUUUUCUUAAGCAAUACGUAGUUAAAUCGAACAAAUAUAGUUAAAGAAGCCAAAUUUGAUAUGGAUUCGAAAGCMAACAUGCCCAACAUGGCGGGCGUGCGUUAUAUGUAUCCUCAACUACCCUCGCAGAACACUGAAAACAAUAGCGAAACGAACCCAAUUCCACUUAUUGGUCCACAAUAUCCUAUCCCACAACCCACCAAGACGCCAGUUAGUGAAUUAAUGGAGUUAUCCAUGCGAAUGGGAAUCGAGGCAAAGUUUGAGACAAAUGAACUCCCUGGACCUAGUCACUUGAAGGAGUUUGUUAUGACCUGCACUGUUGGGAGUAUUACUGGGCAGGGCAAGGAGCAUAAUAAGAAAAAAGCCAAGCAAGCUGCUGCUGCUGAUACACUUAAGAAGCUAAAAGAAUCUGAUUUAUAUAAAAAUCAUUUAUUUAACAGAAGUUCAAAGGCAGCCUUGUCUUCUCAUAACAACACUGUUGGAAGACUUCAAGAGGCAACAGCAAAGAAAGGUCUCCAAGCUCCAGAAUACGAAUUCGAACCCCCAGUCGGUCCUCCMCAUCAAAGACAAUUCUCAACAAAAGUSCAUGUGGGAACAUUAACAGCAAAYGGCACUGGACGCUCCAAGAAGGAAGCAAAGCGAUCUGCUGCGGCCGCAAUGCUGGAUAAUAUGGACUGCAGCAAUUUGUCAUUGCAUGUUCCUGCAAAGAAAAUUGCUUUUAACCCUGCCUCAAGCCCUAUUGAUCCCAAACCAAUUUUAUUCUGUAAGGCYGGGACACUGGGGACCUAAUCCAGUUAGAUAUUUAAGCCCUUUGGGURGACUGUGUGUACAUAGUAGAUAUGGUGCCACAUAC